UUUGGAAUACUAUUUGGUUUAUAAAUUUUUAGUUGGUCGGCACUACAUUCUUCCAAAUUAAUAAACUACACCGAAGAAGACGACGAAGAUAUUUGGGGUGGAGAUAGUGGCGUUUUCCACGACGUCGCCAGAAAAUUUUCAGUUAAACCUUCCUGUAAUGGUGCUCAAGUAAUGGAUUUUAUGGAGGUUCAAUGCUCUCCCGAACCAGACGCUUUCAACCCCUGCGAAGAUCUAAUGGGAAACUGGGGUCUUAGGAUUCCCGUUUGGAUCAUUGCCCAUUCAGCAGUUAUUGGCAACUUAUUUGUUUUGAUUGUGAUCGGUACUUCGCACUUCAGGUUAACAGUAUCGAAAUUCCUUAUGUGCAAUCUGGCUGUGGCAGAUUUAUGUAUUGGCGUCCAUUUGCUACUUUUGGCUGGUAUCGAUGCGCAUUCAAUCGGAGCCUAUUUCAACUCUGCCAUAGACUGGCAAGAAGGCUAUGGCUGUAACGUAGCUGGAUUCCUUACAACUUUUGGCAACGUCCUUUCAGUCUACACCCUAGCUGUCAUAACUUUAGAACGCUGGUGCACAAUAACCUGGGCAGCUCAUCUCAACAAACGCCUCAAACUACGUACUACAGUUAAAAUAAUGCUUGGCGGUUGGUUUAGUGCAUUGUUUAUGGCCUUUUUACCUUUGAGAGGAAUUAGCAGCUAUUCCAGGACAAGCAUAUGCUUACCAUUGGAAUUCAAGAACAAUUUCGAUGCUAUUUAUCUGUCUACACUUCUGACUAUCAACUGUUCAGCUUUUACUGUUAUUUGUGUUUGUUACGGGAGCAUGUAUAAGACAAUUAGAUCAGGUGCAAAAGCAGGAAUAGCCAAUUCGGUACGCAACGAUCAAACCGUUGCAAAAAAAAUGGCCCUUCUAGUUUUCACAGAUUUUGCCUGCCUCUCUCCUAUAGCAUUUUUUGGAAUAACAGCCCUCUUAGGCUACCCCCUUAUUACUGUAACCCAAACCAAAAUACUUUUGGUUUUUAUUUAUCCCCUAAACUCUUGCGCAAAUCCUUGUCUAUACGCCAUCUUAACUCAACAAUACAGAAAAGAUUUUUUUAUUCUCAUGGGUAGAAUGGGUAUGUGCAAAGAGCAUGCGUAUUCAAGUAGAGGGGCUAUCAGGGGCAAGCCAUUACCUUAUACCGCUCAAUUUAAAAGACCUCAUGGGGUGGUUAGGAGUAUAAGUAAGUCGAGUAAUACAAGGAAUUCUUUGAUUACUAAUGUAAGUAAUGUGAAUGUAGAGAUUCCUAUGACGAAUUCUGGAAGAGGUCAUGAUGAAACUUCGACAUCCGAUAACCCAGGAAUUUUUCGUGGCCUUAUAAAUUUUACCGCUGAACUUGACAAAACAUUGGCCGAACAUUUGAGAGAUUCCACUGUGUUUAAAGGUAUAUCCAAAGAAAUUCAAAAUGACAUUUUGGAUUGCAUGUUAGAGGUUUGCCACGAAACAAUUCUAGAGGAGAUCCGAAAAACUUCCUAUAAUAUUUCUAUUAUAGCGGACGAAACAACGGAUGUCUCAGCCAAAUCUCAGAUGGUUGUAAUUUUUAGAUACAUUCAAAAUGGAGAUCCCGUAGAACGGUUAUGGACUUAUUUGGAGCCAUCAAAUUUAACUGCAGAGAGUUUGACUGCUGAUAUUCUCAGUGUAUUGGACCCUAUUUUUGAAAACUCGAAAGAAAAGUUAAUAGCCCAAAGCUACGACGGAGCCGCGGUAAUGAGCGGUAGAAAUACUGGUGUUCAGGCACAAGUCAAAGAAAAGUACAACUUCGCUCAUUUUGUACACUGCUAUGCGCAUCAGCUAAAUUUAAUCAUGUCUAAGGCAGCAUCUGAAAGUCCCCAAGUUCGACUUUUUUUUUGGAAAUCUUCAAGAAUUACCUUCAUUUUUUAA